CAUUUGAGAUGGAUUUAUGUGGUGCAAAACUUCUUAGAAAUUUUCAGGCCUUUAUUACUGGCAUCACAAGACGCAAAGAUAUAAAUGAAAAAGAAUUGGGAACAACUCAACUUUUGAGAUGCCUUACUGCGCUUGAUCUUGCAGCAUUGGGAAUUGGCUCAACUCUUGGUGCUGGAGUUUAUGUCGUUGCAGGAGAAGUUUCAAAGGAAGUAGCUGGACCAGGCGUUGUGAUAUCUUUCUUAAUAGCAGCAAUUGCUUCCGUUUUUGCUGGAUUUUGCUAUGCAGAAUUUGGGGCUAGAGUUCCUAAAACUGGUUCCGCAUACGUAUAUAGCUAUGUUGCUGUUGGCGAAUUAAUGGCAUUUAUCAUUGGAUGGAAUCUCAUACUAGAGUAUGUACAGCUAGUGUUGCGCGGGCUUGGAGUUCAUAUUUUGAUGGCAUUAUCAACGGAAAAAUUUCGUCUUUUUUCAAGGAAUAUCUUCCACUACAUCUCACCGGCCUUUCUGAAUACCCCGACUUUUUUGCGCUUGGAAUCACUUUUCUUAUAA